UUAAUUAAGAAUAGAUUUUCACUAGGGAACCAUCAGCUCCUGGAGUUUAUGGGGUCUUUAUAGCAGGUUGCGACUAUACGACGGAUGUACAGUUGCGUUAAGAACGCAACGAAGAAGAGUCGAGGACGAAGUUUUAAAUUCCAAAACUAUAUUCGACAGCAUGGAAAAUAUGUUGAAUGUCUCUGUAAUCUCACGGGCCUUUAAUACUUAGGGACUAUCUGAAUGUAGCUGCUACUAGGCAAUUGCCUACAAUAGUAAAGUUAACGGAUGGUUCCAGGCCUCGAUAGUGCGCCACUGGCCGCGUCACGGAGGAACCCCGGACAACGUGUCUUUCCCAUGUCAACGAAAUACUCAUUUGACAGCAAACUCUCGCCCGCGUACGAACUGAUCUACAUCGAACAGUGCGUCGCCAUUGCCAUUUGUAGUAUCAGUAACGUGAGCAUUGAUUGCUUCUUGUUCCUGCUUGUCCUCCACGUGUGUGGUCAACUGACUAUACUUUCGAGGCUCAUUGAACGCUACCACGAGUCACAGGAUGAGAAUUUGCUAGAGCUCGGGACACGAUGUCGUUGCUUUCGGUGUAUCGUCGAGAACCAUGUGCGGCUGACAAGAUUCAUGAAUUUAGUCGAGAGUUCCUUCAACGGGCUAAUUCUCUGGCAAUUCUUGAACAACACUGUCCUAUUUUGCGUGCAUGGAUAUCACAUAGUGAUGGUAGGUAAGCCCACUUUUUCACCAAUUUGCUUGAUGACAAUCAUUUUCUCGCAACAGGAUGUAAACGCCCAAGAUACCAUUAGCGUUCUAUUAUUUGUCACCGUCCUAAUUGCAAUCGCUUUCGAUUUUUUCAUUUACUGUUACGUCGGAGAAGCAAUAAUCUCUAAGGUAUGCAUCGUCACAAUACAAUUGUUUAAUUAUUGUAUUCCCCUCAGUAAUGCGCUAGCAACCUUUGUAAUUACGUAAUUGAGUGAACAGAGCGAAGAGAUUG